AGAAGAAAAUCAUUAGACUCUGUUUUUUUAAAAAAAAAAAAUUUAUUUGUUCAGUUGAGUGAGUGCGGGAUUUCCAAGGGACGAGGACGAGGACGACGAAGAAGAACACGAUCCUUCUGAAACCGAAAACCCUUCUUUUGGAUUAUUCCGCCACCGUCUUCCACUUCAUCAUACGGAUUUUGCUUUGCAAUGUAAUGCGCUGUAACAAUAGUUUACAGGGCAAUGGCCAAGUGUCAUUCCAACACCAUCGGAUCAGUCGCUGUCCAUGGAAUCUCCGGCGCCAAUGCACCUACUAGACACUUCCGAUUCUGUACUUCCUUUUCUGGAGCUGCAUUUCGCCGUAGAAUCUACGACGCUGUUAGUUGCGGUGGGAGUUCUCGGUAUCGCCACCGGUACAAGGAUGAAAUAAUGGAUGAAGACCCCACCAUGGGGAACGGAUCGGUUUCUAGGGAUUUGAAGGAGCAGGAGGAGGAGAAACCGAGGAAACAGAAAUUGGGCAAUGGAAAAUCCGAGAAGCUCGUGGAUCUUUUGAAUUUGGCUGACUCAGUGGAGCUGGAGAAUGAGGCGGAAACGAGGAGAAAGGAGGAGGAAUUGAAGGAGUUGAAACACACGGUGAAGGAUUUACAGGCGGAGGAUUUGGGGAAGCGAAAAUCGGCAGCAAGCAGUGUGAGGCUUAUGGCGAAGGAGGAUUUGGUAAUACGAGGGACGCUUGCUCUUCUCGGUGCCAUUCCUCCUCUCGUUGCGAUGCUUGAUUUGGAAGAUGAACAAUCCCAGAUCGCUGCUCUCUACGCACUGCUAAACCUUGGAAUCGGCAACAAUGCGAACAAGGCAGCAAUUGUGAAAGUGGGGGUCAUCCACAAAAUGUUAAAGCUGAUUAAAUUAGAGACUACAUCAAACUCAUCAGUUACAGAAGCAAUUAUUGCAAACUUCCUCGGUUUGAGCGCACUAGACUCAAAUAAGGCUGUAAUUGGAUCGUCCGGUGCGAUUCCCUUCUUAGUCAAAUCCCUUCAAAGCACCCACUGUAAAAUCAGCGAUCAAGCUCGGCAGGAUGCUUUAAGGGCGCUCUUCAAUCUUUCAAUUGCAUCAUCAAACAUCCCAAUUAUAUUAGAAACGGAUUUAAUCCCAUUUCUUCUUAACAUGUUGGGCGACAUGGAAGUAAGUGAAAGAAUCCUUUCAAUUUUAAGCAAUGUGGUAUCUACCCCAGAAGGGAGAAGAGCAAUAAGCAUUGUUCCAGAUGCAUUCCCAAUAUUAGUAGAUGUUUUAAACUGGACAGAUUCACCUGGGUGUCAAGAAAAAGGAUCUUAUGUUUUAAUGGUGAUGGCACACAAGCUGUAUGGCGAAAGACAAACAAUGGUUGAAGCAGGCCUUGUAUCUGCUUCUCUUGAAUUAACACUUUUGGGUAGUGCAUUGGCUCAGAAAAGGGCAUCCAGAAUUUUGGAGUGUUUGAGAUAUGAUAAAGGGAAGCAAGUUUCUGAAAGUUUUGGUGGCAAUCUUGGUGGUGCUGCUGUGUCUGCUCCCAUUAUUGGAACUUCUUCAAACUGUAAUAUAGAUUCCAAAAUCUGUGUGGAAGAAUCUGAAGAAGCCAUGAGCAUGGAGAAAAAAGCAGUGAAGCAACUAGUACAACAGAGUCUGCAGUACAACAUGAGGAAGAUUGUGAAGAGGGCCAAUUUGCCUCAAGAUUUUGUUCCAUCAGAGCAUUUUAAGUCACUUACAACAAGUUCAACUUCAAAAAGCCUACCAUUUUAACAUAAUAUCAGACUUCCUUGAGUGAUCUAAAUCAAGUGUUCAUCGUUGAGAAGAAAUUAGUCUAUUCUUUUAAGCAAUUAAAUAGCAGUCGGUUUUCAUUAGAGAAGUCUUUUAGUCUUUUUAACUUUUUUUUGGUUGUGUAGAAGUAAAAUAGGAAGGGCCUACCUCUACGUCCAAAUUCAACCCUCGUGGAACAACCAGAUCCUAAGCAAUUAUUCUGAUACCUUCCCUGGCGGUGGAACUGUCUAAAGAUUGAAAAUUCCUGUGGCUGUUUUCGCUCAGCAUAACAAAGCUCAUGGCUGAUGCCACUGCUCUUGUACAGAUCAGUGGGUCACCUUCGACCCACCAUUACAAUUCAGCCUACCUUGGUGGCCCCUUUAAAAUCUCUAACUCUACACAGAUCUAGAGCAGGGAAUUUGCUGAGCUGUUUAUAGCAGAGGUACAAUAAUUUUCAAGGCAUGUCUUGAGCACGAGGUAUUGCUUGUAAAUAUAGAAUUGAGUGAAUUCAUUAUGUGACUAUAUUAAGUAAUCUAUUAUUCAAGGGAUAGUUGCAAAU